AUGGAGAAAGGACUCUCUUUGCCCCAGGACUGCCGACAUUUUCUGCACAGCCUGAGAAUGAGGAGCAAAUAUGCCCUUUUCCUGGCUUUUGUGGUGGUGGUUUUUGUCUUCAUUGAAAAGGAAAAUAAAAUCAUAUCAAGGGUCUCAGACAAGCUGAAGCAGAUCCCCCAAUCCCUGGUAGAUGCCAAUAGCACCGACCCAGCCCUGGUCUUGGCCGAGAACGCAUCCCUCCUGUCCCUAAGUGAGCUGGAUUCGGCCUUCCUGCAGCUGCAGAGGCGCCUGCGAAACCUCAGUCUGCAGCUGGGCAUGGAGCCAGCAGAGGAGGCCGAGGAGGAGCAGAUGCUGGAGGCGGAAGAGGACUGGGAGCAGCUGGAAGCCCGCCCACCCGCCGAGGCCCCGCCCCGGCGCCACGUGCUCCUCAUGGCCACAACUCGCACGGGUUCCUCGUUUGUGGGAGAGUUCUUCAAUCAGCAGGGCAACAUCUUCUACCUCUUCGAGCCGCUGUGGCACAUCGAGCGCACGGUGUCCUUUGAGCAGGGUGGUGCCAACGCCGCGGGCUCGGCCCUGGUCUACCGCGACGUGCUCAAGCAGCUCUUCCUGUGCGACCUCUACAUCCUGGAGCACUUCAUCAUCCCGGCGCCCGAGGACCACCUGACCCAGUUCGUCUUCCGCCGGGGCUCCAGCCGCUCCCUCUGCGAGGACCCCGUCUGCACACCCCUCGUCAAGAAGGUCUUCGAGAAGUAUCCCUGCAAGAACCGCCGCUGUGGCCCUCUCAACAUGACGCUGGCCGCUGAAGCCUGCCGCCGCAAGGAGCACAUGGCCAUCAAGGCAGUCCGCAUCAGGCAACUGGAGUUCCUGCAGCCGCUGGCCGAGGACCCCCGUCUCGACCUGCGCGUCAUCCAGCUGGUGCGCGACCCCCGCGCUGUGCUGGCCUCCCGCAUGGUGGCCUUCGCGGACAAGUACGAGACCUGGAAGAAGUGGCUGGCCAAGGGACAGGACCAGCUGAGGGAGGAGGAGGUGCUGCGGCUGAAGGGCAACUGUGAGAGCAUCCGCCUCUCCGCCGAGUUGGGCCUGAGGCAGCCGGCUUGGCUGCGGGGUCGCUACAUGCUGGUGCGCUACGAGGACGUGGCCCUCCGGCCGCUGCAGAAGGCCCAAGAGAUGUAUCGCUUUGCAGGCAUCCCCCUAACCCCGCAGGUGGAGGACUGGAUCCAGAAGAACACCCAGGCAGCGCACGACGGCAUCUACUCCACGCAGAAGAACUCCUCGGAACAGUUUGAGAAAUGGCGCUUCAGCAUGCCCUUCAAGCUGGCUCAGGUGGUGCAGGCCGCCUGCGGCCCGGCCAUGCGCCUCUUCGGCUACAAGCCGGUGCAGGAUGCCGCCUCGCUUUCCAACCGCUCCGUCAGCCUGCUGGAGGAGCGCGGCACCUUCUGGGUUACGUAG